CUCUGGUUGCUCACAGCUGCAUCCAGGAGAUUAAUCUUUAACUCCUGGAAACUCCAAGACAAUCCUGGAGGGUUGGCAACCCCAAUUCCCCUACAAACAAUGAUUAAUGUUGGUGUAUAGUAUAAACACUGUCGCUUGCAUGGAUUGCCAACUGCCCACCUUGUACGCAAAUGUCAUCUUUCCAACUCCUGUUCAGCCUCACAUACAAGACAAGAAACAUCUGAAUGUAAAACUAUGAAAUGGUACAGCACAGAUGAGGCCAUUGUGCCUGUGCUGGCUCUUUGUAAGCAUUAUCCAAUUAGCCCACUGUCCUGCUCUCUCCUCAUAGCCCUGAAAAUGUUUUCUCACCCCAUAAUUCACUAGAGCCACAAAAAAGGAUGUCAGAAACAACUGAUACCCAAUGCACUUACACAACCAUUGAGUACACCACAUGCAAAACGGAAACUACUGCCAAAAAUCAGACACCGUGUGCAAUUAUUAUCAAUUCUGGGCAGAACUAUUGUUCUCUCACCUUUUCCCCUUCCACAGUGUGCUCACCCAGGUAUUUGUUCUGUUUCUCCAUACAUGCUCACCCUCACCACAAACUCUCUCCCAUCAAUUUUCUUUUGCAAGGCUGCAGAGGCUAUGACAAUGAGGGACGGCAAGUUAUUCCACUGGAAGGGUCUUCACGGCUGAGCACAAUCUAGUCCUCUAGUGUCUAAUUGAAGUUAUUGCAUGGUGAUCGGGAAGAGUAAUUGAAAGAAGUACAUACCAAACAAUUACUUCCAAAGUGAAUGGUGUGAACAGGACAAUGGCACACGUGUUCACACAAGUCUCCUCUACAAAUUCUCACCAUUGGUUUCAAAUCCCUCCUCUCCCUGGCCCUUCCUGAUCUCUGUAAUUUCCUGCAGCCCCAACAACCCUCUCUCUCCCAGCCCUGAUCUAAUUCAGGCCUCUUGAGCAUCCCUGAUUUUAAUCGCUCCAGCAUUCUCCUUAAACUAUCUGAGCCCUAAACUCUGGAAUUCCUUCCCUUAAAUCUCUCCCCCCACCCCCGAUUAAGACGACUCUUAAAACCCGCCUCUUUGACCAAGCUUUUGGCCACUGCCCUAAUACCACCCGUAUGGAGCUCGAUGUCUAAUUUCGCUUUAAAACGUGCCUGGGAAGUCACUUUGGGCGUUUCGCUACGUUAAGGGCGCUAUCUAAAUACGGGUUGUUGUUGAUUUAGAACUGAUAAGAUUUAGGCGUUUAUAUAGCGGAUGCAGUACAGCAACAGAGGGUCCACUUUGCAGUGUAGUAAGCCGCUGGGUUUCUUUUGUUGCAUUUUGAAUCUUUCCUGAACUGCAAAGGGGAAACGAGUGUAAUCAAUGAAAAUAUUGAUGGAUACAACGUAACACGGGAGACGCCCGGCGUUUGCUUGUUGCCAGUCACUUGGAGUCUGGCUCCUCUGUCCUCAGUCACAUGCGCUGCAGAUGUGGUUUUACAGGUCGGGGUUUUUUAAUCUGAUCUCGUAGCGAGGAAGAGACCGAAGCAAGAUUGAAACUCUGUUCGUACAAGGGACCUGGUGCCUUCCAGACAGGAGGAAAAAAAAAAGCAAGAGACGGAAAAGGAACAGGCAGCGGCAACCCCAACAUGCGGAAGCGACAAUCGCCUUCUCUGCAAACUCCCUUCUUCCUCCCCAGGAAUGUAGGAAGCGAGCCAGAGAACGUGGAUAAAAAACCUCAGUUUCACCUAGAUCUUUGGUUUUAUUUCAUGGUGCAAAACUGGAUCCUGGAUUUUGGCCGCCCUAUUGCAAUGAUUAUCCUUCCAGUGGAGUGGUUUCCAUUGAAUAAACCGAGUGUUGGUGAUUACUUUCACAUGGCCUAUAACAUCAUCACACCUUUCCUCCUACUGAAGCUUAUCGAACGUUCUCCUAAAACUCUCCCUAUCUCAGCAGUGUACAUCUGUAUAAUAACAUUUGUUAUGGGAGCCAGCAUUCACCUUGUUGGUGAUUCAGUGAAUCAUCGUCUGAUUUUAAGUGGAUACCAGCUCCAUUUGUCUGUUCGAGAAAACCCAAUUAUGAAGGACUUGAAACCAGAAACAUUGAUUGACUCAUUUGAGCUGCUAUACUACUACGAUGAAUCCUUGGGUCACUUGAUGUGGUAUGUUCCUUUCUUCAUUAUUUUCAGCCUGUAUUUCACUGGCUGCUUCACUCGCAGUAGCAGGGACAGCAGAAUGCCUCUAUCAGCAUGGCUGCUCCUCGGGCCAAGUAGUCUCUACUAUUGGUACCUGGUGACUGAAGGUCAGAUCUUUGUCCUCUAUAUCUUUACUACCUUUGCUAUGAUGGCAACAGUAAUGCACAAGAAACGCAAAGGGCUGGUAAUGGACAGUAACGGUCUCUUCCUGUUUUAUUCUUUCUGCAUUGCGCUGGUCCUGAUCUCUGCUUGGGUCGCCUUCCUGUGGAAUGACAAAAUUCUCCGGAAAAAGUAUCCCGGAGUCAUGUACGUGCCAGAACCCUGGGCGUAUUACACCCUGCACAUCAAGAAAACACCCUAGUUUCUUGCCAGGUGCUGUUUCUGAAGCUGCUUUAGUCAACUCUCCAACUCCCCCAAAUAACUGAUAGUUGAGUGUUUCUCUAGGGUGCAGUUAUACUCUUACCACAUCAAUUCACAGUGGUUUCAGGUAGGCAUUGAUGCAAAUAGUGGCAGUAUAAUUUGUGCCAAGCAAUGUGAGACACCCCCAGCCCCAGCAGGAGGCAGCUUCUCACUGCUUCAAGUUUGUACUGGCUGCAGUAUAACACCAGUCUGAUGCAAAAAUUGUUGCAUUUUCAGAAGUGUUCUGGGUGGUCCACUGAAUCUCCCUUUUUUUAUUUACCCCAACCUCACCCCACCCCAAAAAACUUGAUACAAUUUCUUAUGCAAUUUUUCUAAUAUCUGGAAAAAGGUCUGGCCCUUGCUGCAUUUACGGUAAAAGCAAGUCAGAGUGGGAAGAAACCUUGACUCACUCACAAAAGCACAUCCAGGCUGCAAGUGACUGCGAAUUACCUGGGGAGCGGGACUAAUUGAAUAGCUCUUUCAAAGAGCCAGCCCAGGCAUGAUGGGCCGAAUGGCCUCCUUCAGUGCUGUAUGAUUAUGACUGAACAUCUCUUGUAAAAUUAAAACCUUUAGGCCAGAAAUUGCUAUCGACAAUACUUAGUGAUCUAGUCCUUAACCUGUGCAUCCACCAUUGUCCUGCCUGCUAUUUUAACAGAUGCAAUAACUCAUUAGCUUAAGUCGGGUUAACACAUCACUGGAAUGGAGAACAGAGAGACAUAUACAGACAGAUUGGAGUCGAUCUUGACCGUGUACAGUAGUUUAAAAUGGGUGAUAGUAAAGUCAAUAAAAAUAAAUCAGAAGAGAGAUAAAAAGGCCUGCCAACUCCACCAUCAUUGAACCAAUGAAGGUUUACCCAGUAUGUUCACUCACUAUAGUAAUUUCUACGUUUGGAGUUUGUUUAAAAAAUAACCUUAUUUGUUCACAUCUCUAUUCUGUUGACGGGAUUUGUUUUGGAAGUUUCUGUGCUGCUGUUUUUUUUAUGCCGAUUGCUUGAGAAUGUGGAACUUGGGAUCACGACUGAGUUUGUUUUGCCAAUUGCUGCAGAGCAAUCAGAACCUUAAACUUUGUUCACAUGAUCCGAAUUGAAUUGUCGGGACCGUGUGCUGUGAGUUGCUAAUCUCGAGCAUGGAACGAGACAUCUCAGGGCCAGUUACACCCAGCUCACCCGAAUCCUAAAAAAUAAAAAAAAAACUGUGACAAAA